ACAGUUUAACAAUUUUUUUUUGACAAGUUGAAAUACAUUUUUACUUGUGAUUAAAUUUGAAUCAACCUUAACUAAAAAUGGUGCGAAUAACAGCUGUACUAUCUAGAGUCCCAGUAAUUAAAUUUCGGAAAGGACUAGGUUCAUCCAAUGCCCCUUCGCCGCCUCCUGCUGCAGCAGGUCCCGCGGCAGCAUCAGCGCAAUCGUCGGUUCAAUCUCAACCUGCAGCAGCAAUGAGCAGUGCUCCUAUUUCUGACAUUGAUUUACCACUACGCUACAGACGACGACCAUUAUCGCAAGAAGAGAUCGAUCACAUCAACGGCGGAGGAGUUGUUUAGUUACCACCUUAUUGUUUGUAGAUAGAAUUUAACUAGUCAAUAUCUUAACAUAGUUGUUGGAAGAUAUUUAAAAAAAUGUUUA